AUCCAUGCAUCUCUCAUCCUGACCCUCCUUUCUCUCUACUCUCUGUCUCUCUCGGAUAACGGAGGUGGAGGAGCUUGGAGUUGUCGUUGUUAUUUUUUUUAUUAUUUAUUCCUCGUUUUGUUGGGAGAGCCGCCACCGGGCAUGGAGGAUGUAAAAGACCCGCCGACCGUCCACCGGUCCUCCUCCUUCAGCAUCAAGAGCCUCCUGCUGCCCUCCAAGUGCGACCGACCGGACUCCGCCGCCGCGAUCGUCGGAAUCCACGGAGCCCUAUCUCCCUCUCCGGGCUCCGACUCUGAGAAGUCUCUGGACCCGCCGGAGGUGGACUCCACGGCCUCCACGGUUCUAGAGCCGGAGAAACCGGGCAAGGAGGAGCAGGGGGAAGAGGAGGAGGACGGAGGGGGAGGCGGAGGAGGGGACGGCGGCAAGGCAACACCGGAGCAGAAUAAUAACGGCAGUAACAGUGGGAAAAACGGGAAAUAUGACAAGCCUCCGUUUAGCUACAAUGCGCUGAUUAUGAUGGCCAUCCGACAGAGCCCCGAGAAGCGGCUCACGCUGAACGGCAUCUAUGAGUUCAUUAUGAAAAACUUCCCGUAUUACCGGGAACACAAGCAGGGCUGGCAGAACUCCAUCCGGCACAACCUGAGCCUCAAUAAGUGCUUCGUUAAGGUGCCCCGGCAUUACGACGACCCAGGAAAGGGGAACUACUGGAUGCUGGACCCGAGCAGCGAUGAUGUUUUCAUCGGCGGGACCACAGGGAAGCUCCGCAGGCGCUCCGCCACUUCCCGGGGCAAGCUGGCGAUGAAGCGCGGGUUGCGCUUCGCUCCUCUCGGCUUGGGGAUUAACGAGCGGACGAAUAACCCGCUCUACUGGCAGAUCUCUCCGUUUCUCUCCCUGCACCAUCACCACCACCACCACCCGCACUACAACGGCUCGUCCCCCGGGUUCUUGAACCAGGCGGCCGGAUACGGGUCACUGCUGCCUGCGGUGGAGCAGCUGAGUAACGGGGACCUGGGGCGCUCCAUCCUCGGCGGGUCUGCCGCGGGGGCGCUGGGCUUGACGAACAGUUACGGGAUGAGCACGUCGCCGGUCGGGCUGCUCUCCGGACAGACUGCCGGGUAUUUUGUCUCAGGGAGCCAACACUCUGCAGCAGCAGCACCGCCGGGAGGAGGACCACCGCCGCCACCUCCACCACCUCCGCCACCGCCACACCUCCAGCAGGGCGCGCCGGGAUUCGGUGGCCUGGCGACCAGCAGCUCCCCGCAGUCCCUACUAUCGGACUCCCUCAGAAACAGCUCCCUACCGGCCUUCUCCCCCGGCGUGUCCGCGGGGUUCCCCGGGGUGCUGUCCCAUCAAAAGAGGGUGACCCCAAACGCUUUCCUAAACUGACCCCCCCUCCCUCCGUGGACUGCACCGGGACGAGGACGGACAAAGACGUCACGUUAAGGGCAAAUAAAAAGUGGUAACUAUCAAAACACUGACCGCAAAAAAUCUCUAUAUAAAUAUAUAUAUAUAUAAAAAUAUAUAUAUGAAGUGAAACUUUUUGGCCAUAUUCCACCCGGAAGUGCAACGGGUUUAUUUAGAUUUCUUUUUCUUGUUUUCGCAUUUUACUGAAAAAGGGACAAACUUUUGUUACCCGCGGGUUGUACAACUGUAAACUAGACUUGCCAAAGGUAACACUAUAAGUAUAUUUCAAGCUAUUUAUAUCCUGUACAAAGAUUUUCAGUACUUUGUUUGAGUCGUUUAUUUAUGUUUUGUAUUUAUUGUACAAUGUAUUUAAAUUCUAUUUGUCGGUGUCUGCGCAUCAGUAUUGAGGAAAACGUGCGUGUGGGGAGAGAGGGGUGGGGUUGGAAAUAAGACAGGGUUAAUAAUUAUUUAUGAAUUUUGAGACAAUCAAGGAGGAAAAACGAGACAAUCAAAACUUUUUCUUUUCUCUUUUAUUGGGAGGAAAAACUUUUGAAUAAGAAAACGAUUAAAGCCUUAAAAUUAGAAACAAUCAGGGUUUUUUUGAGAGGAAAAAGAAGCCUACAAAUCAUAUCUCUACUCAGGUGUGACCUCGGACAGGCCUCUGAAUAAUAAUAUUAAUGAUAAUAAGAUUAAAUAUUAAAUAUUAAAACCGCUCUGUGUGAAGAGUUUCCUUCCAAAAUUACGAUAUCCAAAAAUAAUCCCAUCUGAUUGUUUUUACGUAAUCGCCCUUUAUGUUCAAUAAAUCCAUAAAUGGAUAUAAAUGUUUUUGGAAUAAACUCUUCAUGUUCAAUUAUGCAAACACGGCACAAGUUUUGUGCAUGUUUUUUUUGUUCAGUAUCAACACGCAGACUGUCCUGUUCACUCCAUUUAUUUGGUGUGUGUGUUUGUGUUUGUGCGUAAAGGCCUGAAUGAGCGUAAAACGUCCUGCGCAUGUGCGCUCAGAGCCACCGUACAGCCCCUCUCCGUCUUAUUAUUAUGUUUUUUUUCUUUACCGUUUCUGCCGCCUUCUUCCGUUUUUCUGGCCCGCUGACCCACUCCUGUUCCUGGUGAACAUUUGUAAGUGACCCGUGGGGGCUGGAGGCCUCGGCUGCUGCUGCUGGAACUAUUUUAUUUUAUUUUUUUCUUUUAAGGGGCUCCAACAACCCUCAGGCCUUCACACACACACACACACACACACACACACACACACACACACACACACACACACACACACACACACACACACACACACACACACACACCUAUGUGGUCCUUUGGUCAGGUGAAAAACGUUUAUCUCCAUUUUUUUUUCUUUUUGUAAAUGUUUCCCUUGGGAAGGGGAGAAGGUUUAAAACAAUGAAAUGAAUGAGAACAAGCGCGUCCUCUCAGCCUUCCUCUGCAGCCGUGGAGUCACUUUAUUUUACUUUAGGAGACAGCCAUCUCAACAAAAACACUGUCACAGUCAGAGGUGAAGGAAGAGCUACAAACGUGCAUGACAAUCAAUGAAACUGGAGAUCCGAGCUUUGCAGGCCAACUGAAAUGAUAAAUAUGCAACUUCUGUUUCUUUUUUUAAUUUUCUGGGGGAGAAAAAAAAAUGCACAAAAAGUUCCUCAUGUGGAAAAUGUUGGUCAGCUGACCUCAGCGGGAGGGGAGGGGUUUAAGAUGUUUGAUGUGACCAUAAAACCGACACACACACACACAUACACACACACACACACACACACACACACACACAAACACACAUUUGGUUUUGCAGACAAAGGAAAAAAAAAUAGUUCACACAUUAAAAUUCAUGUUUUUGCACAUUUUUGUUUUAUUUGGAAAAAAUGUAAUUUAAUUUUUGGUAAAUUGUUAAACUUUAGUUGAACAUGUGACCCAAAAUGUAACUCUUUAUGACUUCAUUUUACUAAAAGAUGCCUUUUCAUCGGCGCCAUGUGGACAUAUUCCCUCAAACUGACUUUGAUGAUUUGACUAAUAAUCAAUAUUUAAGUCAUAUGUUUUGAAAUAAAAUAUUUUAUUUCAAAUGAAAUAUAUUCAAAUAAAAUAUUUUAUUUCAAAUGGAUCAGCUUUGAUUUCACACAAAAUUUGCAAAAUAAAACAACUUAAAUCACAAACAAAUGAUAAAAUCAGAGAGAUUUUUACACUGUUAAACGUUCUUAACAGAAAUGUGGGAAUUUAGCAAAUCCAUCAUCAUGCAUCACUUCCUGUUUGUUCAAAAAUAACAACUGUAAGAACCGUAAAACGUUUCAGCAGUCGAAGCUCUGAUCACUGUGGUAUUGAUCUGUGUGUCCUCAUAGCUCAGGUCAGUCACACUCAAACUUUCAUAAACAAAACAGCACAAAAUUACUUUUUAAAGGUAAUUUCUGAAAUGAGACAAUGAGAUGAAAUCUAAAGGAAAUUAAUCCAAAUUAUAUCUUUUUCUACUCACUGCUGGAAUUAAACACAUUGAUCAUAGUUUCUCAUAUUUGGGCCUUUUAUUGCAAAAUAAACAGAAUUUAUUGGCUGAAAGUUUGUUUUAAACAGCUGAGCAUCCACACAGGAAACAGGAAGCAGAGUAACUCCCAGCCCCUCCCCCUGUCUCACACACACACACACACACACACACACACACACACACACACACACACACACACACACACACACACACCACUAACAACAAUAACUUUUUUUUAGUUAUUUUUUACAGUGCAAACAUAAAAACUUAUUUAACCUCAGAGAAAUAAAAGCCUCCUGCAGCUCAGAAGAGGAUGACCUUCAACACACACACACACACACACACACACACACACACACACACACACACACACACACACACACACACACACACACACACACACACACACACACACUCCUGCAGGUCAGCCUCACUGUGGUUAAACUUUGGGGGAAACUGUUGGUUUGUUUUUUCUCUUCCUGUCACUUUUUUUUCCAUUCUGGGUUUGUAAAAAAAAGUUUUUGUUUUUUGGAGAUUUGUUUGGUUUUUAUUUUUUGCACUUUUGUAGUUAGCCAUCACUCAGUUGUACGAAGUCUGUAAUGUCUGUUUCGUUGCCGUCUGUCUGUCUUAUUUUUUCCAGAGAAACUAAACUUGAUUAAAAUGCUGAAAUAACCUGAA